AAAAUCAAUUUUUGUAUGCAUGCCCUUUGCAAAAUGGCGCCGCAGUUUCCAACCUUUCCUUUCCUUUCAACUCACUAACUCAUCGUCCUCGUAAACCAAGGUUCCGAGGCCUAUCUUUCAGCCAUGGCCGUGCCUGCAGAGGAGAGACCAGAGGCCGAAGUCGCCCAUGUCUCGUCUGAGACCGACAGUGACGAUGAGGUUCCAGAACUCGCUGAGGCUGGCGAAGGAGCAGGAUCCCUAGCCUCUGGCGGUGAUGAGGGCGCCAAGGCCAAGCAGAGCAGAAGCGAGAAGAAAGUCAGAAAAGCCCUGUCCAAGUUCGGUCUGAAGGCAGUACCAGGAAUUAGCCGUGUAACUAUCCGCAAGUCAAAAUCCAUCCUUUUUACUAUUUCUACUCCUGAUGUAUACAAGAGCCCAGCAUCAGAUACUUACAUCGUCUUUGGCGAGCCCAAGAUCGAGGAUCUCAGCCAGCAAGCUCAAAUGCAGGCCGCCGAGAAAUUCAAGGCCGCUGAUGUCAGUGCUGCCAGCAAGGCAACCAAGGACAAGGACAGUGCUGCUGCUGUCGCUCCAGUAGAGGAGGAGAAUGACGAGGAGAUCGAUGAGACUGGUGUUGAGACCAAGGACAUUGACUUGGUCAUGCAGCAAGCUAAUGUAUCCAGAGCACGUGCCGUCACUGCUCUCAAGGCACAAAAUAAUGACAUCGUCAAUGCUAUCAUGGACCUCACCAUGUAAACACCACCUUGAUAACUAGAAACCAUCUCUGACUGUUGGAGGGACAUGCCAGUUCAGUCCACUGAUCUUCUUGGUGUUUCUUCUCUUCACUACCUCUCUGGUCCUUCUUGCUACUCAAUUCUCUCUCUCCACCUGUCUGUUCUGGCAUCUAAAUUGAUUUGGACUCCUGUGCAGCUCGUGUCAUUGCUUGCAGUGAAGGCAUCUUGGCAGGCAACCUGAA